AUGGCGAACAAGACAGCGCGCAGAAUCAAAGAAGCCCUGGCCCUCAAGUCGGACAAGUCCCGCCACGAAGAAGUCAGCGCCUGGUCGAACCGCGACCUUAUCCCCUUGCCGCCCUUCCGCCGUACAUGGGGCUGGUUCAACUUUUUCGGCUCCUGGUCGUUAUCGUCUCUCAAUGUCGCAACAUGGCAGACUCCCAACACCUUCCUUACUCAGGGGCUCUCAGUCGGCCAGGCUAUGGCCGUCAUCGUCGUCUCGCGCGCCCUCUGCUGCUUCUUCGCCAUUCCCGUGGCUUGGUGCGGUCUGACCUGGCACAUCGGCUUCACCGUCCAGAAUAGAUAUACAUGGGGCUUCCGAGCGAGUUUCAUACCGCUGCUGCAGCGCAUUCUCCUCAACUUUAUCUGGACCGCUCUCCAGUGUUGGAAUGGAGGUAAACUAGUAACCGUCUGCAUAACCGCAAUCUGGCCCUCCUUUGCAAAGAUUCCCAACACCCCCAGCAAAACCACCCCAACAACAACCUACGAACUCCUAGGCUUCACAGUCUUCUGGAUAGUUUCCCUUCCCUUCCUCUUCAUCCGCCCCGAGCGCUUCAAAAAGCCGUUCUUCGUCUCCUCCGUCGCCUGCGGCGCCGCCAUGGUCGCCUUACUCGCCUGGUCCGUAGUUGUCGCUCGCGGCGUUGGCCCCGUCUUCUACCAGGGCGAGAAAGUACCCUCCUCGUCCCGGUGGAACGUCUCGUGGCUGAUGAUGGCGGGUAUUAACCAGGCUAUCGGCGGGAAAGCGGCAGGCAUGACGAAUAGUAGUGACUUUUCGCGGUACGCGAAGAAUAAGAGGGAUUAUAUUGUUGGUACGGUGUCGGUGUACUGGGUUACUGGUGUGCUUGUGUGCCUGGGCGGGCUGGUAACUACCGCGGCGUGUCAGAAGAUCUACGGGCAGAUUUAUUGGAACCCGCCUGAUUUGUUGAUGGUUAUGAUGGACCACGGCCAAGGCUCCCCCGGCUCCCGCGCCGCAGUCUUCUUCCUCGCCCUCGCCUUCGCCUUCACCCCCAUGUUCGAAAACGUCUGCUCCAACGCCGUGGCGGGCGGCAUCGACCUCGCCGGCCUCUUCCCGCGCUACCUCGAUAUCCGCCGCGGUGCCCUCCUCACCUUCGCCGCCGCCUGGAUCAUCCAACCUUGGCAGCUCAUUAACCAGGCCGCCACCUUCGUCGCCGUCCUCAAUUCGUUUGCCGUCUUCCUCGCCAGCCAGCUCCUCUGGACUCUUUGUGUUUGA